UACUCCAUGUCGAAAAGUCUUUCAAUGUUUUGAUAUCACGAUAAGAGAAACUGCGAUAACAGCAGUCUUGUUUCUUGAGCGAGCUACAAGGCCGGAGGUCGAGUGCCCCUGACCUGCUCGGAAAGUCUACGCGAUUCCGCUCACAACUGUUCCGUGUGACAUGCGUUAUGGGUCUCCCGAAGUUGUGGGACACUAUACAUAAAUUUGAAGAAGUCAAGCCUGUUGCUCAACUCGCGGAAGAACAUUACAAACGAUAUGGCAGACCCCUUAGAAUCGCAGUCGACGAAGCUGACUGGCGAUUCAACAACUUGACGGUACCGCAAGCUUAUGCUAUCCGAACUUCCUCCAAUGAGCCUGCCUUCCAGGGCAUCGAGAAGGCAAUAUUUUACCGGAUCUGCAAACUCCUUACCCUCAAUAUACAGCUCAUAUUUGUCUUUGACGGCCCCGGAGUUCCAGCCAAACGUGGCAGGCAUGGCGGACGAAAGAUUGACUAUGACCAAGUUCGUUUGCUGAAACAGCUACUGCGCUGUUUUGGGAUCCCUUAUCAAGAAGCACCCGCGGAAGCGGAGGCUGAGUGUGCUCGCUUGCAGAUACUGGGUCGCGUUGACGCUGUGUGGUCCCAGGACUCCGAUUGCCUGAUGUUCGGCUGCAGCCUUUGGCUUCAUGAUGAUCGACGUGCAAAAGAGGCAGGGAACAAAGACCGCGGUAAAGAAAAUACGAAGAAACACGAAAAGUACGUUCGCGUAGUUCGAGCGAAGGAUAUGGAGGACAGGCUCAAGCUGGAUCGCGAAGGCUUGGUCUUGUUUGCUAUGCUUGCUGGUGGCGAUUACCACGAAGCUGGCUUACCUGGAUGCGGGGCAGAAACAGCUUUGAGCGCUGUAAAAGAAGGGAGCCUCGCGCACUCGUUGUGUUUGUGCCGUAACCAGAAAGACUGCACGGACUGGAGCUUCCGCCUGGCUGCUUUCCUUUCGUCACGGCCUCGUGCACGGCAUUUGACCGUCCCUGCCAGGUUCCCCGACUUCAAGAUACUGCAGAAGUACUAUAGGCCGAAGGUCACAGAUGAUGAGCUGUUGAUGGCGAAGAAGUCGCUAAAUCUGGACAUCCCGCGGCCGAUUGACGAGCUGAAUUUACUCGAAGUUACGAGUAGCCGCUUCAACAUUUGGGGAAGGUUAUACAUGAACUGGGUUGGUCCAGUGCUACUCACUCAGUCGUUGGUGCAGAGAGAGAGCUCCUGUCCAAAGGAAGUCGUGCAUGACAUUAAGCUUACGAAGCAGCGCGCAAGCCAAAGCGAGGAGGUUAUGGCGUUGCGCUCCUUAGAGCGCAAGAUCACGUUUUCUCCUUUCGGCGUCACCACACUGAAAAGGCAGGACUUGGAAGGGGGAGAGCGCGAGGGAAUGUGGGACGGCAAAAGAGAUGUGCCUUUUGACCCAAACCAUCGGGUCGAGUGCGAUUACUUCCCGGCGUUCUGGUUACAGCGAGUUCUCCCCUCUGAAGCUCUCGACCCACCACCGGCAGCUGCCAAACAUAGAUCUUCUAAACGAAAAGAGCAGUUGGAUGUUGACAACUUUGACGACGGGGCACUAGUUCCUACACAGAAGAGACAGAGAAUACAAGAAGGCAGACAGGCAGUUGAAGCAACCCGCGUUGCUCAGACGAGUGAGGGCGCGGGCCAGCGACCGCGACAAGCAGCAUUCGCGACGUCCUCGCCGCAGACUGAGACGGCGCAGUUCAAAAGCAAACGUGUCAACAAACUCCAUCAUUCCACAACGUCAAUGCUGCAUACACAACAACAAGGGACAGGCAAAUCUCUCGAUGUUAUUGAUCUGUCGAAUCUCAACGACGAUGACGAUGAUAUGGUUCUACGUGUUCCCCCUGCACGUCACCUCAAGAAAUCGGCGUCGUUGCGAGAGUCAUUAGGGGUGACAGUAUCGAACAUAGUCGAUCUUGGUUCACCAGAAUCAUCAGAGAACGAAAGCGACGAUUUGGCUCGCGCCUUACGUUUAAGCAUGCAAUCACCACACCUGGGCCAUAAAUCGCCAGUCGAACGGACAACUCCAGGCAUGUCCAGCAAACCAUACACGCCACAAAUCAGUCGACAACGACUCGAUCUCGACUGGGCAGAGCCUAUCGCAAGUCAUGCGGCCCAGGACAAAGCUAGUGUUGCACUCGUGAAACAUUCUGCCGUUGCGAGCGAAGCUGAUAAGAUACGUGCUGCUCGCCUAUACCACUUUUCGUCAAGUCCUCGAAGAGACAUGCCGAAGAAGGCAGAAGCUCAGCCAGCGGACAUGGCAGUAGCUGACUACAUUGAUCUCACGGGAGACUGAGCCUUCGAGCCAUAGCAGAGAUCGAUCGAACUAAUUCAAAGCCAUACCACCUAUACUUGAUCCCACCACUGGAAUUGUCUGGGAAUGCAGCCCUCACAGCCAUCUCUAUGG